AUGUCGCCGACGACCAUUUUCCGGAGAAAUUUUCACUUCCUCUCCCUCUUUUAUGUCCUCUCUUUUGCCGCCUCCGAUGAGCUUCAGACCCUUUUAACCAUAAAAUCUGCCUUCAAAGAGUCGAGGACAAAAGUAUUUGAUUCAUGGGAUUCCAGUAAUUCUAUAUGCAGCUUUGCAGGACUCACCUGUGAUUCCAAUGGUUUUGUUAAAGAAAUUGAACUCUCCAAUCAGAAUUUGACUGGUUCAAUUCCUUUUGAUUCUAUAUGCAAGCUCCCGUCAUUGGAAAAGCUCUCGCUCGGGUUCAACUCACUCUACGGCCGAGUCACCGAGGAGUUGAGCAAUUGUACUGAGCUUAAAUAUUUAGACUUGGGCAACAAUUUUUUCUCAGGACCAUUCCCAGAAAUUUCAUCAAUUAGUGGAUUGGUGUAUUUAUACGCAAAUGCAAGUGGGUUUUCAGGAAUUUUCCCGUGGAAUUCUCUUGAAAAUUUGACAAAUCUUGCUGUAUUAAGCCUCGGUGACAACCCGUUUGAUCGAACGGAAUUUCCAGCCGUGAUUGUGAAGCUUACGAAGCUGAAUUGGCUGUAUUUAUCGAAUUGCAGCAUCGAAGGAAAAAUCCCAGAAGGGAUUGGGAAUCUUGUUGAGCUGAUUAAUUUGGAGUUGUCUAUGAAUUACAUCACCGGGGAGAUUCCGGCGGGGAUUACAAACCUUUCGAAACUGUGGCAGCUUGAGCUUUACCAAAAUGAAUUGAGCGGGAAAUUGCCUGUUGGUUUUGGCAAGUUAACGAGUCUUGAAUAUUUUGAUGCUUCAACUAAUUAUUUGUAUGGUGAUCUUUCUGAAAUCAGAUCCUUGAAUCAGCUGGUGACUCUGCAGCUGUUUGAAAACGAGUUUACUGGUGAACUGCCAGCUGAGCUUGGCGAGUUCAAUAAGCUUGUGAACUUGUCUCUUUAUACUAAUAAGCUCACUGGUCAGCUGCCGGAGAAGCUCGGCUCGUGGGCCGAAUUCGAUUUCAUAGAUGUCUCCGAAAACUAUUUCACCGGUCAGAUACCGCCGGAAAUGUGUAAGAGAGGGACCAUGACUCAACUCUUGAUGCUGCAGAACAAUUUCACAGGCCGAAUUCCAGAUACAUACGCUAAUUGCGCGACGCUAACACGUUUUCGUGUUAGUAAGAACUCGCUUUCUGGUCCGGUUCCUGGUGGCAUAUGGGGGCUGCCUAAUGUCGAAAUCAUUGAUAUUGCAUUUAAUAACUUGGAGGGGCCUAUAACGACUGAUGUUGGAAGGGCCAAGUCCCUGAAACAAUUGUCUCUCGCUAAUAAUAGACUCUCCGGUGAAUUACCAUCGGAGAUUUCUAAGGCUGCAGGUUUGGUUUCUAUUGAUUUGAGUGACAAUCAGUUCUCCGGUGAAGUACCGGCGACAAUUGGUGAACUAAAGCAUCUGAACAGUCUUGAAUUGCAUAGCAAUGACUUUUCUGGUCCAAUACCAGAUUCGUUAGGCUCAUGUGAUUCCAUCACUAAUAUCAACAUGGCUCACAAUUCACUUACCGGCCACAUUCCGGCCGAUCUCGGGUCAUUACCAACUCUCAAUUUCUUGAAUUUGUCGAGAAAUCAAAUCACCGGACUGAUCCCAGGGAGCUUAGCCUCUCUGAGACUUAGUCUUCUUGACAUUUCGAACAAUCAUUUGUGGGGUCCUAUACCGGAGUCUCUAUUGAUUCAGGCCUAUAACGGUAGCUUUGAUGGAAAUCAAGACUUGUGUAGUGAGAAAAUCGGGCAUUUUCAACGAUGUUCGCAAAAAUCCGGCAUGCACAGGCAUCUUCCAGCACUCAUAUUCUGCUUCGUGGCUGCAUUCACCGUGUUGCUCGUCUCACUAGUGUACUUAUGUUACAUAAAAAAGAAGACCAAAAAACGUACUUUGAAGGAAGAAUCAUGGGAUGUUAAGUCAUACCAUGUUUUGAGCAUUACAGAAGAUGAGGUUCUUGAUUCCAUCAAGCAAGAGAAUUUAAUAGGAAAAGGGGGUUGUGGGGAUGUGUAUAGAGUUGUUCUUGCAAACGGUACAGUACUGGCCGUGAAACAUAUCUGGCAUUCCGAAUCAGUUGACCGGAAAAGGAUCGGUAGCACAACUCCUAUACUGCCGGGUCUUGGUAAGAAGAGGUUGCACGAAUUUGAGGCCGAGGUUAGGACAUUGAGCUCAAUAAGACACGUUAAUGUAGUUAAGUUGUAUUGUAGCAUAACAAGUGAGGACUCAAGCUUGUUGGUUUAUGAAUAUUUGCCUAAUGGAAGUCUAUGGGAUAGACUGCAUACAUCCAAGAAACUGGCACUCGACUGGGAUGCGCGGUACGAGAUUGCUUUAGGAACACGUGGAUAUAUAGCUCCAGAGUAUGGUUAUACACACAAAGUGAACGAAAAGAGUGAUUUAUACAGUUUCGGAGUCGUACUGAUGGAGCUGGUAACAGGAAAGAGGCCAAUAGAGGCGGAGUAUGGGGAGAACAAGGAUAUAGUAGAUUGGGUAUGCAGCAGGCUUAAGACUAAAGAAAGUGUGUUGAGCAUUGUGGAUUCAACUAUCCCAGAAGUUUACAAGGAAGAUGCAAUAAAAGUUUUAAAAAUUGGGAUGAUGUGCACAGCCAGGGUACCAGCAUUAAGGCCUACUAUGAGAAGUGUGGUUCAAAUGCUCGAAGAAGCCGAGCCUUCAUCCAACAAAAUCGCAGCUAAUGAUGCUCCGAAUCCUACCUAUGUUGUUUGGAAUCAGAAGGAACAACAUUUGCUUGGCUGUAUUCUGUCUUCCCGCACUGAAAAAGUUAUGUCUACAAUUCAUUGUCUCGACACAUCUCAUCAGGCAUGGACUUCCCUUGCCAAUCGCUAUUCUUCACAGUUGAGGUCUCGAAUUGCUUAUCUCAUGCAUCAGCUGCAGUCUUUAAGUCAAGGCUCAAAUAAUUGUACUGAUUAUCUUGACAUUGCGAAAACAUUGGCUGGUCAAUUAGCAGCUGCUGGUAAGGCCGUUGGUGACCAAAGUUAA